GAUAAUUCAUUACUAAUGACAAGCACAGAAACCGCCCGUUAGAGUGAUGGCCUUUAUUAUGUAUGAUAUACAAAUGUAGAUCAGGAAGAGCGUAUUGAAGCUGGGUUGAGAUGGGCCACCGCUGCUGCGGCAAACAGAAGGUGAAGAGAGGUCUAUGGUCACCUGAAGAAGAUGAGAAGCUCAGGAAACACAUUACCACCCAUGGUCAUGGCAGCUGGAGUUCUGUCCCAAAACAUGCAGGCUUGCAGAGGUGUGGCAAGAGUUGCAGGUUGAGAUGGAUAAACUACUUGAGACCUGAACUCAGGAGGGGAUCCUUUACUCCUGAAGAAGAACAGACUAUCAUUGAUGUUCACAGAAUUUUGGGUAACAAAUGGGCUCAGAUUGCCAAGCAUCUCCCUGGAAGAACAGACAAUGAGGUGAAGAAUUUCUGGAAUUCAUGUAUUAAGAAAAAGCUCAUGUCACAAGGUUUAGACCCAAAAACCCACAACUUGCUUCCUAAUUCUCAUCAUCAGAGGUCGGCUUCUAACAACGCUUCAAGCAGCAGCCAAUCACCACUACUGCAGUCACAUAAUCAACAGCAACCCGUUUCAGUAUCUUUAACUGAAAUGAAUGCAUCAACUAUUAAUGUGACAUUAUCUACUGAUCAAUAUCAUGAUCAUGGUCAAAACCCUAGUAAUGCUUCUUGGACUAGGGUUGACGAUCCUACCUUCAAUGACAUCACCAGGUUGCCUCAUCAACAAUCCACUGAUCACAGCACACUGAUCAAUAAUAUUUCCUCUUCAUCGCCAUCUUCCUCGGUGAACCUAUCAGUGUUUGGUCUCUUGGAAAAUAGUAACAUCUGGGCUUCUGGUACUGAACCAUUUGAAGCACCAAGUUUAUUAGUGGGAGAGCAGUCAAAGGGAGAAGAAGUAGUUCUACAGCAAGAAAAAAAUACGCUCUUGGAUCAGAUGGAAAUUAAGGGUAUUGAGGAUAUGGAUCAUGCUUCAAUAUUUGAGAGUUCUAGUGUUGAUUUUAGCUUUGUCGAGUCUACACUUAUGUCGUGUGGAGAAAUAUCUCAGGAUCUGAACUCUAUGUGUAAUUUUGCAUGGAGAUAUUAGACUUGUUUUGCGUUUAUACAAUUUAACCAAGUUUUCUUGAA